AUGAUUUCUUUAUCAACAACAAUUUUUUCAAUCCCUUUAAUUAAACGAGAAGAUAUUGAUAAUUUCAAUUGUCAAGAAACAGAAAAUCAAGAUUGUUGCGCUUUGUUAGCAUUCAAAAUUGCUAAAAAUCACCAUGCACGUGUUGCAUCAAUUUUUAUAAUCAAUAAGAGUGGUUUUAAUAUAAAACCCCUUUCCAACAAUCUUAAUAAAGGUCGUUGGAUCAAACAUGAUGAUCAUCAAAAUAUCGACAUAAACUGCGAUCCACCAACUGAACCGAUCGCAAAUGGUCAAUUUGUAAGUUUUUCUAGCAUAACAAGUCAUUUUUUCGGCGGAGUGGAAGGUGUUGCCUAUUUUAUCAUUGAUGACAAUAUUACAAACACCAAAUUUUCUAUCUCUUGGGAUGUACCAUUAAUUGGCCCUCCUGAUUACGAACUCGAUGGAUUGCCAACGAAGAAAUAUUACAAUGAAAGCAGAAAUGACCUCGAUAAAACAGUAUAUCAAGUUACUAUUAAUUAA